AUGAAGGAUAUUAUUACCGCGGCAUUACCGAAAAGUGCUCAAAAAGAGAAAUCGAAUCGAGAUGGCUUAGAAGAACAUGGCGGCUACUCCUCCCAUCUCCUGUUGCUCCUUGACGAAGAUCUCGAAGUAUUGGUAGAUGAUCGUGACAGCGAGAAGGAUUCCAGUUCCCGAUCCAAUAGCUCCCAUGAAGUCAGCUGUGACGGAAAGUGCUCCGAUACAGAGACCUCCGAAAGCGGCGGCAGUUGGAAUGUAUCUGUUCAACUCGUGGAUCAUCGACUUCUCACGAUGACCGCGCAUGACCAUUUGUUGUUCCUUCAAUUGCUUGGCAACAUCCUUAGCGGAAGAUCCAGACACAUCGAUCCAGGUUUUGGAGAAGAAUGCGCAAGAUCCGAGCAUGAAGACAAUGUAGACAAUGCAGUGGAGUGGGUCUUCGAAGAUGUGUCCGAAGUUAUCGGACCAGGUACCGAGAAGGUUGAUGAAGAAGUUUCCUCCGAACUUUCCGGCGAGCAUCUGAAAUCAAUGAUACAGAGCGGAUUGAAGAAUGAUUGGGAUGUUGGAAGUGUAGAAAAGCUUGAUUGGGUAGCUGCUGUAUUGUCCACGGUAGCGGGCAGACUUGAUUGGAAGGUCGACACGGAAUCCUUGGAAGUAGAUAACCACAGCGAAAACGAGGAAAGUGGCCAUCAAGUUCAUCAAGUUUGGAAGGUUCUGACGGUAGAAAGCCUCACGGAGAGCGCGGACCUUAUCGGAGCGAGUGGCGAGAAGAUGGAAGAGAGCGAUGACAGCUCCCUCGAAUUCAGUUCCACGUCCGGUGUUCAUUGUGGCUGGCGAGAACGCCUUCCAGACAAUCGUUUCGCAAAUGUUGGUGGCGAUGAAGAGAGAGAUUCCGGAUCCGAGACCAUAUCCUUUUUGGAGAAGCUCGUCGAGAAGAAGGACGAUGAGACCGGCAAUCACGAGUUGGACGACGAUGAGAAGGCAGAUUCCAGCUCCGAUUUCCGAUGGCUCUCCGUAGAGUCCGGACAUGACGUAGACAAUAGCUUGUCCAACGGUGAUGACCAUUCCGAACACUGA